GGAAAAGCCCCAAGGCUCUGGCGACGCUCGCGCACAGGUGAGGAGGACACCGUCAGGUAACAGUGUUGACUGGACAGCACGUGGAGUGGAGCUGAGAUCAGCCUUACAACCAGCAUGUCAGACAGAGGCAGUGUGAAACCCUUUGUGAAAUUCAACGCUAAGCAGGAUGCUGAGCUUUUACGCAAAGCUAUGAAAGGGAUCGGCACUGAUGAAGAUGCCAUCCUAAUGCUUCUAACUUCUCGCAGCAAUGAUCAGAGGCAGGAGAUCAAAGCUGCCUAUAAAAAAGCUCACGGCAAGGACCUGGUGAAGGAUCUAAAAUCUGAGCUGGGAGGGAAGCUGGAGGAUCUGAUCGUGGCUCUGAUGUCUCCUCCUAGAUUAUAUGAUGCACAUGAACUUCAUAAGGCCAUCAAGGGAGCAGGCACUGAUGAUAAGGUUCUGAUUGAAAUCCUGGUCUCCAGAACUCCCGAGCAGUUGAAAGAGAUCGUCAAGGUAUACAAGAAAGAGUAUAGUGGCAAGCUGGAGAAAGACAUCAUGGGAGACACUUCUGGUCAUUACCAGAGGAUGCUGAUCAUGCUUCUGCAGGGAGAGAGGGAGGAGGGAGUGGAUGAAAGCAGAGUGGAGAAAGACGCCAAGGAGUUGUUUACUGCCGGUGCUGAGAAGUUCGGCACAGAUGAAGAUAAGUUCAUCAACAUCCUCGGCAACAGGAGCGCCGAGCAUCUGAGGAAAGUUUUUGAGGCGUAUAAAAAGUUGGCGGGCUGUGACAUCGAGGAGAGCAUUGAGGGGGAGUGCACUGGCAACCUUGAGGCAGUGCUGUUAGCAGUGGUGAAAUGUGCUAAAAGUGUCCCGGGCUAUUUUGCUUCAACUCUGCGCGAAUCUAUGAGGCGUGCCGGCACUGAUGACGAGACGCUGAUCAGGAUCAUGGUGUCCAGGAGUGAGGAGGACAUGCUGGAUAUCAGAGCCAAAUACAAGAAGAAGUAUGGAGAAUCUCUGUACCGCACCAUACAGGAGGACACUGAUGGAGAUUAUGCAAAGGCCCUAAUGUACCUCUGUGGUGGGGAUGAUUAAUUAUCUUUAUAUACUCUCAGAUUGGUUUGCUUAUUUCAGCUCGUGAUUCAUAUUUAUUUAAUCCUUUAUUCCUACCCUGAUGCUUACUGUGUACUUGCUCACAGGAAGGUCAUUUUAUAUUUUUUAUACUAGUGAUUGUCACUUAUGCAACAGCAUUCUGUAGUUUACAGCCAAAGCAAGUUACAUUCAUACAAAAAUAACUCACUAAAAACGUUUUAUUUAAUUAUUAAUCUUUUACAGUCAGUUUAUUCAGAAAGAGGUAGUGAAGUGUAUAGUGUAGCCUAAGCCCAUACCUUAAUGAAGUAUUGAAAGUAAAAGUAAAAGUUAAAGUGGAUUUAGUGUGAUGAUUUAAUCAUUGUGUUUGAAAUAAAUGUUUAUCACCCAUAAA